ACAAUUCGUUUUCGUAUCUGUUAAACCCUAAUCUCUCCGAAGAAUCAACAUUUCGUAUUAUCGUCUCUUUGUGAAGAGUGUAGAGUUGAAGGAGCAACCGGUAAUGGCUUUGAGGGCAGCAAUGCUAAAGAGCUGCGGCGGCGGCGGCUCCAAUAUGGGAUUCCCUUCCAGCUUGCGUAGACUUGCUCAUGGCAUUGCGCAGCCUGCUCCACUGGACAGUGCCAUCGGCGGCCCGCCCCCUACAGCACCGCCUUUGGUUCUGCCUGAAUUUGAUGAAAGCAUCAAAGGUGACGCAGAAGAUAUCACCUUCAUCAAUGGGUCUAUGGAGCUCAUGGCAGUCCCUAAGAAGAAGGUUUCUCGUCACAAGAGAGGGAUACGAAAUGGACCUAAGGCUCUGAAACCUCAACCAGUGAUUAUCCGCUGCAAGGUUUGUGGCCGAGUCAAAUUGCCACACUUCUUCUGUUGCAGUGGGAUUAGGCAAGACCCUGAACAGUAGAGAGGUUCCACCUGCUGAUCAAAUUCAAUUGUUGAAGCACGAUGAAUGGGAUUAGUAAAUAUGCAGACUUCAUUCUUCUUUGUUGCUGAAGCUGCCGUUUGAACCAUUAACAGCUCAAGAAUGUAGUUCGAGUUCGAGUUUGAGUUGAGUGUCUUUCAAGAGAAUGAAUUGUUUGAUGGAUUGAUCCUCUAAGCAUUAGCCUUGUUUGACUUCCAAGGUAGAAAAGAUUACAUCUUUGCAAGGAUUGAUGUUUCAUUUCAUUUAGGUUUGACCAGUUGAUCAUGUUUAUACAAACAUAAUAAUUUUUCGCCAGGGGCAUUAAUAUGCAAGUAUACAAUUUCUCUUAAAAGUUUCA